AUGAGCCAACCAAUUUAUGAUUCAAGACAAGGUGGUUUUCGUGUAUUUAUUGGUAAUUUAGGUUCACGUACAAAUGUAUUUGAUCUUAAACAAGAAUGUGAACGAUAUGGAACAGUAAUUGAUUGUUGGGUAGCACGUUAUGCUGGUCGGCAAAAAAAAGCAGCAGCAUCAGCAUCAUGCUACACUUCUACUACGUUUUUUUAUCUUCUUCUAUACGUCGCAAACAACAAUCCACCAGGAUUUGCAUUUGUACUUUUUAAAUAUGGUGAAGAUGCUGUUUCAGCUGUUCGAAAUUUGGAUGGACGUAUGGUAUGUGGACAACGUGUACGAGUAGAACAUGCAAAAGCACGUUCAAUAUAUCCUCGUAAUGCAUCAACAUAUGGUGGUUAUCAUAGUGGAGAUGAUGAUUAUCAUGAAAGUAGUCGAGAUGAUGAUCGACGACGUCAUCAUCGUCGUUCACGUGAUCGUCGUUCACGGUCUCGUAGUAAUAGUCGAGAACGUUCAAAAAAGAAAUCAUCUCGUCGUCGGCAUAGUAGUAGUGAUUCAAGUCAUGAACGUAGUUCCCGACAUAAACAUAAAAAACGUUCACGUGAUCAAAGUGAUACAGAUGGUGAUUCAAGUAGUGAUCAUGAUAAAAAACAUUCUAGACAUCGUCGAACAAAAUCAAAAACACCAAAUGAUAAGAAAACUAAUCAUUCGAAACGUCGUUCAUCAUCUAAAGAUAAAGAUACUGAUGAUGAUGAUCGAAUAUCGAAUCAUUCAAAAGAAAGUUCAUCAUCAUCAUCAUCAAGACAUGAUGAUGAUGAUGAUAGUGAAAGUAAUCGUCAUACUUUAACAAAAGAAUCUAUAGAUGAUGAUAAACAAGUAAAUGAAUCAAAACUUUCAAAUAUUGAAAAUAAUAAUCAAAAUUAA